AUGGGCGCCGGUGCCAGCGCCAGCAGUGCGGGCAGUAUGGCAGAGGAGCCGGACGAUGAUGCGCUGCUGAGCUUUCUUGGUGAAGACGUGGACCGCGCGGAAAGACUUCUGAGCCGGGCAGAGCGUCUGAUGUGGGCGCCGGUGCCGGCAGGUGAAGCUAAGGACGAAGCAGAGCCAUGCCGCUGCGUCCUGCAGAGCCAUGCGCAGCCAUGUGCAGCCCAGAAUCAUGACGUUUUGGACCUUGUGGCCCCCAGUGACUCCGCCAUGGGCGCCAGCGCCACUGGCCACGGCAACCUGGUAGAGGAGCCGGACGACGAAACGCUGCUGAGUUUUCUUUGUGAAGAUGUGGACCGCGCGGAGAGACUGCUGAGCCGGGCAGAGCCACGGGCGAAAGCCCGGGUGGCCACGAGUCUGGCCGCGGAGAAGCCAAGCGUUUCGGGCGAGUCUGGCCGCAGGUUGAUUAUCCAUGGGGUGGAUGGGUCGACAUUUCACCUUCCCGUGGACGAUGCUGCGACAGUGGAUGAUCUCUCCAAGACCAUCACGGCCAAAUGCGGUGCCAAACCAGGCCACCGACUGGUGCUCACCUCCGGUGGCAACGUCUUGGAUGAUUCCAAGCCGCUCUUGAAGCAGCUUUGUGGUGAAGAGAUCACCUACGUGAUGCAGCGAGUCUCUGCAGGAGAAGCCGCAGUGAGCUUGCUGCGUGCGACGAAAGAAAGCAGAAACCAUCUGCCAAGCAGCCUGCAGACCCUGACCUUCGGAUACGGCUUGAACCAGAUCUUGCAAGGAGUCACUUUGCCAAGCAGGCUGCACACGUUGACCUUCGGUGGAGAGUUCAAGGAGAGCUUGGAAGAUGUCACCUUGCCCAGCAGCCUGCAGACUUUGACCUUCGGCGAGAGGUUCAACCAGAGCUUGAAAGGUGUUACCUUGCCCAGCAGCUUGCAGACUUUGACCUUUGGCGAGAGGUUCAACCAGAGCUUGAAAGGUGUCAUGCUGCCAAGCAGGCUGCGGACUUUGACCUUCAGCGAGGAUUUCAACCAGAGCUUGAAAGAUGUCACCUUACCAAACAGCCUACAGACUUUGUCCUUCGGCUUCAAGUUUAAUCAAAGGUUGGAAGCUGUCACCUUGCCAAGAAGCUUGCAGACGUUGAUCUUCGGCCAUUGCUUCAACCAGAGCUUGAAAGGUGUCACCUUGCCAAGCAGCGUACAAGCUUUGUCCUUCGGCUUUAAGUUCAAUCAGAGCUUGAAAGGUGUCACCUUGCCAAGCAGCCUGCAGACUUUGACCUUCGGAGGAGAGUUUGACCAGAGCUUGGGUGUCACAUUCCCCAAAAGCUUGCUAGCUUUGACCUUUGGCUUCGUCCGGAGCUUGGAAGGUGUUGUGUGGCCGAGCAGCCUGCAGUCAUUGACUCUAUUGGACUGCUGUGGCGCCGCCUCCGACUACGGCUCCUGGUUGGAGACACUGCCAAGCAGUUUGCAGCACCUUUGUUUGGCAAGAUCCUUCGAGAUCCAUCUUUAG